AUGUGGAUUAUUGAUGCAAAAGGUGAAGAAGGAUUGAAAAUUAUAAAAAAAGAAAUGACUUAUGUGUCUGAUAUUUAUAAAAUUUUUGAUGAAAUUCUAGUCAAUGCUGCUGAUAAUAAACAACGUGAUUCAACAAUAACAUCCAUCGAAAUAGAUAUCAAUCAAGAAAAAGGUGAAAUCAAGAUUUAUAAUGAUUGUCGUGGUAUUUCAAUUCGUAAAUUGGCUCAAGAUGAAUCAAUCUAUAUUCCCACAUUAAUUUUUGGUAAACUUCUCACAGAUAACUUCAAUGAUGAUCAAAAACGAGUUACUGAAGAUUCAGCUAAAGCACAUGCUGUAGAUGAUCUUGGUGUUAUUGGUCAUGAUCAUUAUGGUGAUUAUCCAUUGAAAGAUAAAAUGUUAAAUGUUCGAGAAGCAAUAACAAAAAAAACAAUGACAGAAAAUAGUGAAGUUGCACAAUUAAUUAAAAUUCUUGAUUUAAAUUAUGGAGAAAAAUAUGCUAAUAGAAAUGGUUUAUCAAAAUUACAUUAUGAAAAAUUAAUGAUUAUGGCUGAUCAAGAUCGAGAUGGUAGUCAUAUUAAAGAUCUUGUUAUUAUUUUUAUUAUAAAUGGCUGA